UGCCGGCCACGGGAGGCCGCGCGGGGCUGCGGGAGCGGGAACAUGGCGGCGCGGCCUGGGCUCGCAGCCCAGCCGCCCGACCGCGGCGACUCGGGGCCUCCCAACUUGGUGUCGCGAGUGUCGCAGUGGGCUGACGACCACCUGCGCCUGGUCCGGAGUAUCAGCACCAUAAUGGCCAUAACUGGGAUAACAAUACUUCUAAGAAGUGUUCGACUGACAACAAAAUUUAUAAGUUCUUCAGACAUCCCAGUAGAAUUUAUAAGGAAGAAUGUCAAACUACGUGGACGCUUACAUCGACUAACCGAGAAUGGUUUAGAAGUUGAACAUAUUCCCAUCACUUUACCUAUUCUAUCUUCGUGGAGAAAAGAACCACAGGGUACUUUGCUCAUCAAGCUGGCGGGGGUCCAGCUCUCAGAAAGUGGGAAGGUGUGGUUACAAGAAGAGUUAAAGCCGUCCCAAGAACUGUGGUUCCAGCUUCUGGGAAAGGAGAAUUCAGCACUCUUUUGCUACCUUUUAGUGAAAAAGGGGAGAUAUUUCAAUGUGAGCCUGAAUGAAGAGAUUUUGAGAAGAGGUCUUGGCAAAGCUGUUCUUGUUGAAGGGCUGAAAUAUGACUCUAAAAUCUACUGGAAAAUUCACAGAAACUUACUUAAAGCUGAACUAACAGCCGUGAAAAAAAGAAAAGGAAUAUGGAAGGAAGAAUCUGAAAAAGAAAAUUAUUUGGAAAAAUUCAAAGACUCCUGGAGAGAAAUGUGGAAAAAAGACAAUUAUUUAAAGAAAAUUGGAUCAGAUUUCAACUUGAAAAAAGAAAGUUAUUAUGACAAAUUUAGAAGGACUUAUGAAACAUGGAAAAACAACAUGAAUAACUACUCAUUAAUAAUGAAAUUCAGAGAACUUAUGAGUCAUAUACACUUUCGUAGGAAAAGAUGAAGUUUUCCAAGAAACCUGGGAGGUGACCUACUCAGAAAAGUGUAAAAUUUAUCAAUAUAUGAGUGUUCCUCAUUGAGUUGAAAUGAAAAUUUCCUCAAGUGACCAAAAUUAUAUUCUAAUAUACUUGAAUAUAUGAGAGACACUUGAUGAUUAUUACAAUUAUAAUAUCAGAAUAAUUUGAACAAAUUCUGAUUAGUGUAACACACUCUUAGGAAGCAUGAAACACUGAAACUGAUGAAGUGUAUACACGUCAUGCUAGAAUUUGGGAGUUUUAAUUGUUGACUUUUGUGUUAUUUGACUUAUUUUGGGCCAGCUGUGUUUAACUUUUGUUUAUGCGAUCGUUGUCUAUUUUUUUCCAGUUUUAUCAGCUUUCAUUAUUUAUAAUACAGGAAAUUUUCAAGGA